AAGGUUUCUGCAUUUGUCCUUGAGCUAGGGCGGAACUUCGAUUGUUACUCGUGAGUCCAGGAAAUAUUGGUAACAAGGACGGCUGCUGUGAUUUUCACUCGGAGAAUUCAACCACUCAGUUAUUUCUCUAAUUGGACGCAAAACAACUGGGAUCUACCUGGUGUAGUAAUGAAGUCAUGUCAUCAUCAGUAUUAUUAGGACUCGGACUCAUUGGUAUUGGAGUUGCUGGGCGCUACUUAACUCGGCGUAUAAACGUCGGUAGCAUCACAGAACUUGUUAAAUUGUCGGGAUUAAAUGAAAAGUAUUAUCGUGGAGGCUUCGAACCCAAUAUGUCGAAGCGUGAAGCUGCAUUGAUCCUCGGUGUGAGUUAUAGUCAACAGUCCAGCAAAAAUAAGAUUAAAGAUGCUCAUAAAAGAAUCAUGCUUCUCAAUCAUCCUGAUAGAGGUGGUUCACCAUACUUGGCUGCAAAGAUCAAUCAAGCGAAAGAUAUGUUGGAAUCGAAUAAGACCUAACUAACAAUGCACUAUUCUUAGAAUUUUCUAUAAUAUAUUUCAACGUCAUUUAUUUUAGAAUUUGAAAUACUUACCUUUUAUUUAGCAAAAACCUGGAGAUAUUGCAAAGAACUAAAUGUAAACUUAGUAACCUAUUAGCUAUAUCACUUAUCCAGAAAAUAUAGAUUUGUUCAGUAGAUUA